CUAAAGGCUAAAUAGUGACUAAGGUCUAAAAGGGUUUUUGAAUGUUGUAUUGUGGCUUCAAGUUUCAAUUAUAAUUCCUUGAUCCCCUUGAAACUUGUGUUAGUCUGGUUUCUAUCACUCUAAUGAAAUAUGUGAGAUAAUUGACUUAUUAAGAGAAAAGGUUUGUUUUGGCUCAGAAUUUGGGAAGUUCUAUCUAUGAACGAUUGGCCCCAUUGUUUUGGGCCUGUUGUGUGGCAACAUAUGGUGGGAGUGUGUGGUGGAGUCAAACUACUCAUUUCAUGGUGUGGAAGCAGGAGAGGAGGGGACUGGAGUCCCACAAUCCCCUUCAAGAACAAACGCCCAAUGGCUUCCUUCCAUGAGGCUCCACUUCUCAAACGCUCUACCACUUCCCAAUAGUGCCCAAGUUGGGGCCAGUCCUUUAACACAUGGAUCUUUGGGGGACAUUCAACAUCAGAUCCACAGCAAGUUCAAAGUUAUGAUGAUUACCUAGCAUGCUUUGAAAUAGCAACCAUAAAUUAGAUUUCAUGUCAUUUUCUCCUCAGAGAUUCAGCAGCAGCAGGUACAGUGUUGUACUGGAAUGCCCUGCUUUCUCCCUGGCUCCACAUCUCAGGGUGGGUUCUUAGGAAGCUGGUGCUAAAAAAGAGUGUAGCUUGCAGGAUGUUUAUUAGGAUUUGACACCUAUGGAGAGGGGGAUGAGAUAGGAAGCAGAUUGGGCAGAGGAAACAGAACUCCAGUGAAGGCUCAAUGAAGAUUGGGCCGACCCUAUAGGCAGUAUUAUAGCUGGAAGACUUGGUUUUCCUUCUUGGAGAUGGACAUGCGUCUCAGUGCCUUGGUUAUCUUGCACAGAUCAUUAUAAAAGUUGCAUAGCAAGUAUUUGUUGAUUGAAGAAAGUCGAAUAAAAGUGUGUGGUCUGUUGUAUAACACCUUAUGCUUUCCCCUUUACCUCAACCCCUUCCUUUCAGCAGUUGAAAGUGCCGUUGAGAACAUUGAGGUUCACAGCUACACAGCUGGUUGUGCUGUGUAUCAUGAACAACACCAAGGUGGCUUCCCCUCUGUGAUUAACGUGUGUUGUAUACCACUGUGUUUCUGGGCUCCGUAGAUAAGACCUGCACAGGACCUCAGGCAAACAACAGACCCAGGCUAUAUGGAACAUGAGGCCAUGUUCAGAGACAGAAAGAUGGAGCAAGUGAGUGUGUUUGGAAACACAGUGAUAACUUUUAGGCGCAGUAAGGCACAGUUUGUGGUUCCCACCAGUUUUUUCCACCUUCUGGAAAAUGGGUUGAUUGGAUAUUAAUUGUGAUCCUUCUAGGCUCAGGGGUUAAGAGAAUGUGCUUCUUAAGCAAGCAUUUUUGUAAAAGUUAGUGUUUUUUCCCUUGUAAGAGUCCUCUGCUUUAGGGUGAGAAAUUUCUUUUAGUUGAUUUCCUUGUUUUUCACCUCUGCAGAAUUUGCAUUAAUCUUUUACAUAUCGUCUGAGACUGCCUAUUGUUUUGAUGCUUGAUUAUAAAGGAACUUCAGAUAACAUCUUUUGAGUGAAUAAAGUAAGGAAUAGUCAACCUCAUAAGUAAUGUAGUAGAAGAUAGGAUGAAAGACUAAGUAAUUCAGAACCAGACAUUGACUUGUUUUUCUAUUACAAUCAUUUUCUCCAAUACCCCUAGAGAUCAUUUUUUGCUUCAUCUUUAGAAAUAUGAUAUAAAUACUUCAUGUGUAUUGGAAGAAUGAGACUGUGAAUGUGUUUUCACUAAGUGAAUCUGAUUUUUCAAGUUAUUAUUAAAAUGUGUGUCUUUCGAAGUUACAAAUGUGAUUACUUAGGGCGUUCCUUCUUUCUCAGUUCCCUUUGUUUCUUUAUUUCCUUCUUGUUCGCUUGGCACCCCCACCAGAGGGCAGGCAAAGGAAGGGAUAGAAACAAAUAUUGCCUUUAAGUUUUCAAAGUCUUUUACAGGCACCCUUUCACUGGUCUCUUUUGUCAUAGUUCUGGAUUCCAUUAAGGCAGUAGGAUGAGCUACUUUCGCUAUUUUAAAAUAUUAAGUAGAGUGCUCAAUUAUUUUGAAAAUAUAUGUUACUGGUUACUGUGUUUAUUGAUUUUAAAUAUUUAUACUUCAAAUUAUUCAAAUUUAUGUUCUUGGAGCCAUCUGUUUGAAAUUAUGAGUUAAAUUUUGGUAAUUCAUGCUAGAAUUUCUACUACUACAACUGAUAAGUUGAUUUGAUCUUAAUAAGGAAAGUCGUUUUGAGUGUGCAUUUAAAAGUACAUCAGAAUUUUCAUAAUACACUGUAAAGUUGUCAGUGAUUCCUUUUCAUGUAUUGUGGAAGUUGUUGUUCCCAAGGUCUAUAACUGAAUUUUUACAAUGGUAAGGAUUAUAUGUUUUUAAUGCAAGUAACUAUUGAAGUGUAAAAGACACACCUCAGACCAAAGUAAAUUUGUCUUUACAUUAUCCUAGUGAAGUCUAAAUGUUAAAAUGGAUAGAUAUGAAAUACUUUAUGGUCUCAGUAUUGCUGUUAACACCCAUCACACAAGUAUGUGUAUAUAGUCUGUUUGGUUUGUUAUCAGCAUGAACAGUCAAUGUCCUAAAAAUCAGCUUCCCAACAGCUGGCAGUUGACCUGCUGAGUUUUAGCACCGCCUAAAUUCACAUGACAUUUCUUUGCUCUUUGACACAAAUUGUGUCACUUAACUUCUCAUCAAGGAAGUAUACAGGCACCUUUUCUGUGUGCCUGUGACAGGGUCUAGUAAUGUAGAAAAAGCUUAAAAUGGAUUUUUUAAAGAGAGUUGUUCCUCCCAUUCUUUCUGGAGACAUGGUUUUGGAUACUAGAGAUAGCAUUCAGGAAAGUUCCCCAAAAUUACUAAAGAUGAGACGUCUCAGUUCGCUUUCAUCAGAGAAGACAGUAGAGGAGCAAGAUGGGAGCAAUUUCUGUCACAGUCAUUAUGACAGAUACCAACAUCAGCAACUAGCUUCAGCACCAGUCAGCAAAGUGAAUAAGUACUGUGCUUCUUCCAACUUUCAUUCCACUUGGGGAAGAAAGAACCUCAUCAUGUCAAACAUUACAAUUGACCCGGAUGUCAAGCCUGGCGAAUAUGUCAUCAAGAGCCUCUUUGCAGAAUUUGCUGUUCAAGCUGAAAAGAAAAUUGAAGUUGUAAUGGCUGAACCCUUGGAGAAGCUGUUGUCCAGAUCUCUUCAGAGGGGUGAAGACCUGCAGUUUGAUCAGUUGAUAAGCUCUAUGAGCUCAGUAGCAGAGCACUGUCUCCCUUCCUUACUUCGCACCUUGUUUGACUGGUAUAGACGCCAGAAUGGAACUGAAGAUGAGUCUUAUGAGUAUAGGCCUCGAUCUAGCACAAAAUCUAAGGGGGAUGAACAGCAACGUGAAAGAGAUUACCUUCUGGAAAGGCGGGACUUAGCAGUAGAUUUCAUUUUUUGUUUAGUUUUAGUUGAAGUUCUAAAGCAGAUUCCUGUUCAUCCUGUACCUGAUCCCUUAGUUCAUGAAGUUCUAAACUUGGCUUUUAAGCACUUUAAACAUAAGGAAGGAUAUUCAGGAACCAACACUGGGAAUGUGCAUAUCAUUGCAGAUUUAUAUGCAGAGGUGAUAGGGGUUCUUGCCCAGUCAAAGUUUCAGGCAGUCAGGAAGAAGUUCGUGACAGAAUUGAAAGAACUUCGACAGAAGGAACAAAGCCCACAUGUGGUACAAAGUGUCAUCAGCUUAAUAAUGGGAAUGAAAUUUUUCCGGGUGAAAAUGUAUCCUGUAGAAGAUUUUGAAGCAUCAUUUCAGUUUAUGCAGGAGUGUGCUCAGUAUUUCUUAGAAGUAAAAGACAAAGAUAUAAAACAUGCACUUGCUGGUUUAUUUGUGGAGAUUCUUAUCCCUGUAGCUGCUGCUGUUAAAAAUGAAGUGAAUGUCCCCUGUUUGAAAAAUUUCGUGGAGAUGCUUUAUCAGACUACUUUUGAACUGAGCUCCAGGAAGAAGCAUUCUUUGGCUUUAUAUCCACUAAUUACCUGCCUUUUAUGUGUCAGUCAGAAACAGUUUUUUUUAAAUAACUGGCAUAUUUUCCUACAGAACUGUUUGUCACAUUUAAAGAUGCCAUCUAACAACAGUAUCAGAAAACAAAUAGAAACACUCCAGAAUAAAGAUCCUAAAAUGUCUCGAGUUGCACUGGAAUCCUUGUAUAGAUUGUUGUGGGUUUAUGUAAUUAGAAUAAAAUGUGAAAGCAACACUGUAACUCAAAGUCGUCUCAUGAGCAUAGUGUCAGCACUUUUUCCAAAAGGCUCCCGAAGUGUGGUUCCUCGAGACACACCUCUCAACAUAUUUGUGAAGAUUAUUCAGUUCAUUGCUCAGGAACGUUUGGAUUUUGCAAUGAAAGAAAUAAUAUUUGAUCUUCUCAGUGUUGGAAAAUCUACUAAAACUUUCACCAUUAAUCCAGAGAGAAUGAACAUAGGCCUCAGAGUCUUCCUUGUAAUUGCCGACAGUUUGCAGCAGAAAGAUGGCGAACCCCCCAUGCCCACAACAGGAGUUAUUCUUCCCUCAGGAAAUACUCUUCGUGUGAAGAAAAUUUUUCUUAAUAAAACUUUGACAGAUGAAGAGGCAAAAGUCAUAGGAAUGUCAGUUUAUUAUCCUCAAGUAAGAAAAGCAUUAGAUAGCAUUCUCCGACAUUUGGACAAAGAAGUUGGAAGACCAAUGUGUAUGACUAGUGUGCAGAUGUCUAAUAAGGAGCCUGAAGAUAUGAUUACGGGGGAAAGAAAACCUAAAAUUGAUUUGUUUAGAACUUGCAUCGCUGCAAUUCCAAGGUUGAUUCCUGACGGUAUGAGCAGAACUGAUCUCAUUGAAUUGUUAGCAAGGCUCACAAUUCACAUGGAUGAAGAACUGCGUGCUCUGGCUUUCAAUACUCUGCAGGCACUAAUGCUUGAUUUUCCAGAUUGGCGGGAGGAUGUUCUUUCAGGAUUUGUUUAUUUUAUUGUUCGUGAAGUGACUGAUGUCCACCCCACGCUUCUUGAUAAUGCUGUAAAGAUGUUGGUACAAUUAAUAAAUCAGUGGAAACAAGCAGCCCAAAUGCAUAACAAAAACCAGGACUCACAGCAUGGUGUAGCAAAUGGAGCCUCUCAUCCCCCUCCUCCAGAAAGGAGCCCGUAUUCCACUGUAUUCCAUGUGGUUGAAGGGUUUGCACUCGUCAUCCUCUGUAGCAGUCGACCUGCCACUAGGAGAUUAGCCGUCAGUGUCCUUAGAGAAAUACGGGCUUUGUUUGCACUUUUGGAAAUACCUAAGGGUGAUGAUGAAUUAGCCAUAGAUGUGAUGGACAGGCUGAGCCCAUCCAUUCUUGAGAGCUUCAUACAUCUCACAGGGGCUGAUCAGACUACUUUGCUAUAUUGCCCUAGCUCAAUUGAUUUACAAACAUUAGCAGAAUGGAACUCUUCUCCUAUUAGCCACCAGUUUGAUGUGAUUAGCCCAUCGCACAUAUGGAUAUUUGCACAUGUGACCCAAGGCCAAGACCCAUGGAUUAUAAGUCUCUCCAGUUUUUUAAAGCAAGAAAACCUUCCUAAACACUGCUCAACAGCUGUGAGCUACGCUUGGAUGUUUGCCUACACAAGGUUACAGUUGUUGUCCCCCCAGGUGGAUAUAAAUAGUCCCAUCAAUGCUAAGAAAGUAAAUACGACCACAAGCAGUGACUCCUACAUUGGCCUGUGGAGAAACUAUCUAAUUCUUUGCUGCAGUGCAGCAACAUCCACAUCCUCUUCAACAUCUGCAGGCUCUGUGAAAUGUUCUCCUCCCGAGACGCUGGCGUCCACCCCUGACAGUGGCUAUGGCAUUGAUUCCAAAAUUAUUGGCAUCCCAUCCCCUUCAUCCUUGUUUAAGCACAUAGUUCCAAUGAUGCGCUCUGAGAGCAUGGAAAUCACAGAAUCCCUUGUUCUAGGUCUUGGCAGGACCAACCCCGGGGCUUUCAGGGAACUAAUAGAGGAGUUACAUCCAAUAAUUAAAGAGGCACUCGAAAGAAGGCCAGAGAAUAUGAAACGGCGCAGGCGUCGAGACAUUUUACGAGUACAGCUGGUACGAAUAUUUGAACUGCUGGCAGAUGCUGGUGUCAUUAGUCACAGUGCAAGUGGUGGCCUUGAUAAUGAAACACAUUUCCUCAACAACACUUUAUUGGAGUAUGUAGAUUUAACCAGACAACUCCUGGAAGCAGAAAAUGAAAAAGACUCUGACACACUGAAGGAUAUACGAUGCCAUUUUAGUGCCUUAGUGGCGAAUAUCAUUCAGAAUGUUCCAGUGCACCAGAGAAGAAGUAUUUUUCCUCAACAGAGCCUUCGUCACAGUCUGUUUAUGCUGUUCAGUCACUGGGCAGGUCCUUUUAGCAUCAUGUUUACACCCUUGGACAGAUACAGUGAUAGGAAUAUGCAAAUUAAUAGACAUCAAUACUGUGCAUUAAAGGCUAUGUCUGCUGUACUAUGUUGUGGCCCUGUUGCAGAUAAUGUAGGACUUUCAUCAGAUGGCUAUUUGUACAAAUGGCUGGAUAACAUUUUGGACUCUCUGGACAAAAAGGUUCAUCAGUUGGGCUGUGAAGCAGUCACGUUGUUGCUGGAGCUGAACCCUGAUCAGAGCAACCUGAUGUACUGGGCUGUGGAUCGCUGCUACACAGGUUCCAAGAGGGUGGCAGCUGGCUGCUUUAAAGCCAUCGCGAAUGUCUUCCAGAACAGGGAUUAUCAGUGUGACACAGUGAUGCUCCUAAAUCUGAUACUGUUUAAAGCAGCUGAUUCUUCUAGAAGUAUCUAUGAAGUUGCUAUGCAACUGUUACAGAUUCUGGAACCCAAGAUGUUUCGCUAUGCUCACAAAUUGGAGGUUCAGAGAACAGAUGGAGUACUCAGCCAGCUGUCUCCCCUGCCACAUCUGUAUUCUGUUUCAUACUAUCAGUUGUCUGAGGAAUUAGCAAGGGCAUAUCCCGAGCUCACUCUUGCCAUAUUCUCAGAGAUAAGCCAGAGGAUUCAGACAGCUCACCCUGCUGGGCGGCAGGUGAUGUUGCACUAUCUCUUACCGUGGGUGAACAACAUCGAGUUAGUGGAUUUAAAACCCCUGCCCACAGCAAGGCGACAUGAUGAAGAUGAAGAUGAUUCAUUAAAAGACCGAGAAAUUAUGGUGACCAGCAGGCGCUGGUUACGGGGAGAAGGCUGGGGAUCCCCACAAGCCACUGCGAUGGUUUUGAACAAUCUGAUGUACAUGACAGCAAAGUAUGGCGAUGAGCUGGCCUGGUCGGAAGUGGAGAACGUGUGGACCACACUUGCAGAUGGCUGGCCGAAAAACCUAAAAAUAAUUUUGCACUUUUUGAUCAGCAUUUGUGGGGUGAAUAGUGAACCAAGCCUCUUGCCUUACGUGAAGAAAGUUAUCGUUUAUUUAGGUAGGGACAAAACAAUGCAGUUGCUAGAGGAGCUGGUGAGCGAACUUCAGCUGACAGAUCCUGUCAGCUCAGCCGUCACCCACAUGGAUAACCCCCCCUACUACCGCAUCACUUCCAGCUACAAAAUCCCUUCCGUCACCUCAGGAACUACUUCCAGUAGCAAUACAAUGGUAGCUCCCACAGAUGGCAACCCUGAUAAUAAAUCCAUAAAGGAGAACCUUGAAGAGAGCUGCGUGCAGCUGGAUAUCUACAGUGGACUGAACAGCCAUCUAAAUCGUCAGCACCACAGACUAGAGUCUCGAUACAGCAGCAGCUCUGGAGGAUCUUAUGAAGAAGAAAAAAGUGAUUCAAUGCCACUUUAUUCUAAUUGGCGACUGAAGGUGAUGGAGCAUAACCAAGGAGAGCCACUGCCCUUCCCACCAGCUGGAGGCUGCUGGUCACCACUGGUGGAUUACGUGCCUGAAACGUCGUCACCUGGAUUACCUCUUCACAGGUGUAACAUAGCGGUGAUCCUUCUGACGGAUCUGAUCAUCGAUCACAGUGUGAAGGUGGAAUGGGGAAGCUACCUCCAUCUUCUUCUUCAUGCGAUUUUUAUAGGGUUUGACCACUGCCACCCUGAGGUGUAUGAACAUUGUAAACGCCUGCUUCUGCACUUACUAAUAGUGAUGGGACCCAACAGUAACAUCCGAACUGUUGCUUCUGUCCUUCUCAGGAACAAGGAGUUUAAUGAGCCCAGGGUGCUUACAGUCAAACAAGUUGCACACUUAGAUUACACUUUCACAGCAGGCAUUAGCGAUUUUAUACCUGAUUACCAGCCCUCCCCCAUGACCGACUCAGGGCUUAGCUCAAGUUCUACCUCUUCUAGUAUCAGCUUAGGAAACAACAGCGCUGCCAUUUCACACCUGCACACCACGCUCCUCAACGAGGUGGACAUCUCAGUGGAGCAGGACGGAAAAGUCAAAACCCUCAUGGAAUUCAUUACCUCAAGAAAAAGAGGGCCCCUUUGGAACCAUGAGGAUGUUUCCGCCAAGAAUCCUAGCAUAAAGAGUGCUGAACAGUUAACUACGUUUUUGAAAUAUGUGGUUUCUGUUUUUAAGCAGUCAAGCGCAGAAGGAAUUCAUCUGGAACAUCACCUUAGUGAAGUUGCUCUGCACACAGCGCUUUCUUGUUCUUCUCGACACUAUGCUGGGAGAUCCUUUCAGAUUUUCAGGGCCCUAAAGCAGCCACUAUCUGCAACUACACUUUCUGAUGUUCUCUCCAGACUUGUAGAAACUGUAGGGGAUCCAGGAGAAGAUGCACAGGGAUUUGUGAUUGAGCUUCUUCUCACCUUGGAGUCUGCAAUUGAUACUUUGGCUGAAACCAUGAAACAUUAUGAUCUUCUUUCUGCCCUUUCUCAAACCUCAUACCAUGAUCCUAUAAUGGGAAACAAGUAUGCAGCUAACAGGAAAAGCACUGGACAACUCAAUCUAAGCACAAGUCCCAUUAAUAGUAGCAGUUAUUUGGGAUAUAACAGUAAUGCAAGAAGUAACUCUUUGAGAUUAAGUUUAAUUGGUGACCGAAGAGGUGACCGGCGGCGGAGUAACACACUGGAUAUAAUGGAUGGACGGAUAAACCAUAACAGUAGCUUAGCAAGGACUAGAAGCCUUUCCUCUCUACGAGAGAAAGGAAUGUAUGAUGUGCAGUCCACUACUGAGCCUGCCAACUUGAUGGCCACCAUUUUUUGGAUAGCAGCAUCUUUAUUAGAAUCAGAUUAUGAAUAUGAAUACCUCCUGGCUCUCAGGCUUCUCAACAAACUGCUUAUCCAUUUGCCUUUGGAUAAAUCGGAGAGUCGAGACAAGAUUGAAAAUGUACAAAACAAAUUGAAGUGGAACAAUUUUCCAGGACUUCAGCAGCUCUUCCUUAAGGGUUUUACCUCUGUUUCUACCCAAGAAAUGACCGUGCACCUCCUCAGUAAACUCAUUUCUGUCUCCAAACACACGUUGGUGGAUCCUUCCCAGUUGUCAGGCUUUCCUCUUAACAUCCUUUGCUUAUUGCCUCACUUAAUCCAGCAUUUUGACAGCCCAACUCAGUUUUGCAAAGAAACAGCUAGUCGAAUAGCAAAGGUUUGUGCAGAAGAAAAAUGCCCUACAUUGGUCAACCUGGCCCACAUGAUGAGCUUGUAUAGUACACAUACAUAUUCCAGAGAUUGUUCUAACUGGAUCAAUGUAGUGUGCAGAUACCUGCACGACUCCUUCUCAGAUACUACAUUUAAUCUUGUGACUUAUCUUGCAGAGCUGUUAGAGAAAGGAUUAUCCAGUAUGCAGCAGUCAUUACUACAGAUUAUCUAUAGUCUAUUGAGUCACAUUGACCUAUCUGCAGCCCCAGCCAAGCAGUUCAAUCUGGAGAUCAUAAAGAUUAUUGGUAAAUAUGUACAGAGUCCUUAUUGGAAGGAAGCCCUCAACAUACUAAAGCUUGUGGUGUCGCGCUCUGCAAGUCUUGUGGUACCCAAUGACAUCCCCAAGACCUAUGUGGGAGAUAUAGGCUCUCCUGAAAUAUCCUUCACCAAAAUUUUUAAUAAUGUCUCUAAGGAGUUGCCUGGGAAGACUUUGGAUUUUCAUUUUGAUAUCUCUGAGACACCAAUCAUUGGAAAUAAGUAUGGUGACCAGCACAGCGCAGCCGGAAGGAAUGGGAAACCCAAAGUGAUCGCUGUCACCAGAAGUACCUCCUCCACCUCCUCUGGUUCCAAUUCUAACGCCUUGGUUCCUGUCAGUUGGAAAAGGCCACAGUUAUCACAGCGAAGAACACGAGAGAAGCUAAUGAACGUGCUUUCACUCUGUGGUCCAGAAUCUGGCCUCCCAAAGAAUCCAUCCGUUGUAUUUUCUUCUAAUGAGGACUUAGAAGUCGGUGACCAACAGACUAGCCUUAUUUCUACAACAGAAGACAUAAUUCAAGAGGAAGAAGUAGCUGUCGAAGAUAACAGCAGUGAACAACAGUUUGGUGUAUUUAAGGAUUUUGACUUUUUAGAUGUUGAAUUGGAAGAUGCAGAGGGUGAAAGUAUGGACAAUUUCAAUUGGGGAGUCCGCCGGCGCUCACUGGACAGUAUUGACAAAGGGGACACACCAUCCCUCCAGGAGUACCAGUGUUCUAGCAGCACCCCCAGCCUGAACCUGACAAACCAGGAGGACACAGAUGAGUCCUCAGAAGAGGAGGCAGCUCUCACAGCGAGCCAGAUUCUCUCGCGCACACAGAUGUUAAACAAUGACUCUGCGGUCGAUGAAACCAUUCUGGACCAUCCCGACUUACUUCUUCAGUCUCAGGAUUCCACUGGCAGCAACACCACGGAAGAAGUGCUUCAGAUCCAAGACGAGACCCCAAGCUCGGAGACUGGUCUAAAUAAUUCUAGUAGCCAGCUGCCUGAGGAUUCAAAUUCAGUAUUAAAGGAGGAACAUGUUACAGGCUUUGAAGAUGAAGGGGCAUAUAUUAUACAAGAACAGCAAGACUCUCUUGUCUGUCAAGGAAUUCUUGAUUUAGAAGAAAGUGAAAUGCCAGAGCCUCUGGCUCCUGAAAGCUGCCCUGAGUCAAUCUGUGAAGAGGAUGUUACCUUAGCCUUGAAAGAACUGGAUGAAAGGUGUGAAGAGGAGGAGGCGGACUUCUCUGGACUGUCCAGCAGUCAGGAUGAAGAAGAGCAAGAUGGUUUUCCAGAAGUUCAGACAUCACCUCUACCAUCACCCUUUCUUUCUGCCAUAAUAGCGGCUUUCCAGCCGGUGGCGUAUGAUGAUGAAGAAGAAGCUUGGCGCUGUCACGUCAAUCAGAUGCUGUCUGACAUGGACGGAUCCUGUGCAGUGUUCACUUUUCAUGUGUUUUCUAGAUUGUUUCAGACAAUUCAAAGAAAAUUUGGAGAAAUAACUAAUGAAGCAGUCAGCUUUCUUGGUGAGAGUCUACAGCGCAUUGGUACCAAAUUUAAAAGUUCUCUGGAAGUGAUGAUGAUGUGUUCAGAAUGCCCAACAGUCUUUGUGGAUGCUGAAACCCUGAUGUCAUGUGGUUUGCUGGAGACACUCAAGUUCAGUGUUCUGGAAUUGCAAGAACACCUGGAUACAUACAAUGCGAAAAGAGAAGCAGCUGAGCAGUGGUUAGACAAUUGUAAGAGGACAUUUGGUGCCAAAGAGGACAUGUAUAGGAUAAACACAGAUGCACAGCAAAUGGAAAUUCUAGCAGAACUGGAGCUCUGCCGAAGGUUAUACAAAUUGCAUUUUCAAUUGCUGCUUCUGUUCCAGGCCUACUGUAAACUUAUCAACCAAGUAAAUACAAUAAAAAAUGAAGCAGAGGUCAUCAACAUGUCAGAGGAACUUGCCCAGCUGGAAAGUAUCCUCAAAGAAGCUGAAGCUGCUUCUGAAAAUGAAGAAAUUGACAUUUCCAAAGCUGCACAAACCACUAUAGAAACUGCCAUUCAUUCUCUAAUUGAAACUUUGAAAAAUAAGGAAUUUAUAUCAGCUGUAGCACAAGUCAAAGCUUUCAGAUCUCUCUGGCCCAAUGACAUUUUCGGCAGCUGUGAGGAUGACCCUGUGCAGACGCUGUUACACAUCUAUUUUCAUCACCAGACACUGGGUCAGACGGGCAGCUUUGCAGUUAUAGGCUCCAACCUGGACAUGUCAGAAGCCAACUACAAAUUGAUGGAGCUUAAUCUGGAGAUAAGAGAGUCUCUACGCAUGGUGCAGUCAUACCAACUUCUAGCACAGGCCAAACCCAUUGGAAAUAUGGUGAGCACUGGAUUCUGAGAAACUUCAAACAUUUUGGAGAGAAACUAAACUGAUGAUUAAGAAUAUUAACCAAGCACCUUUUAUGAACCCUUGUGAUUCACUGAUAACUUUCCUGGCAGCAUCUACAAUUGUAAUGUAACUAAUGUCAAACUGUAUCUGAAGGACAAGAAAAUCUAACAGCUGCCAAUACCUCCCACAGUAACUGUAUGAAGAAGGAAUUUUUUAAAUUAUUUAACCUAUGUGAAAAGAAAAGGGCUAAAAGUGAUGCAUACAAAUACAUUGCUUUCUGGAGAAAGAAAAGAAUUCCAAGAAUGUUUGCAAUAAUGGCCUCUAAUACUGAGACAUCAGAAAGCAGGUGAAAUGAGGCUGAAAUCAAGGCUGGUUCAUUUUAGCCGAAGACCUGCAAAGCUGCUUGGAUUUCUUGCAGCCAUCAACAUCACCUACAACUGAUGCUUAAUCACCCAACACGAACAUCCAGACCGAUAUAUAGACUUAUUUGCAAAAACCAUUGAUUUUUUUUUUCCCCUCAAUUUAUGGGAUAAGGGUUUGGGGUGUUUUGUUUUUUGGUCUGUGUAAAGAAUUAUGUGUGUGUGAGUUGGGAUGUAUGGAUACGUGAUAGUCAUAUUUUCAAGGUGUGGAUGUCUGGUGAUAACGUCUCAGAGCAUGCCUAAAAGAGCACUGCAAGAUUAUUUUUGAAGAAAUUUUAUUUUAUUAGAUCUAACUCUUCAUAGUGUGUAAAUGUUAGAACAUUUUAAUAAUAUUUUAAAACUGGGCUCUCCCAGUAUUUCAAAAAGAAAUAAUAUAUCUGUUAACGUUAUUGGAAUGCUGCUCAGUUCUCUGAUCAGUGCUUAUGUUACAAAAUUGUUGAUAACUAACCAAAGUAGAUGCCUGCAGAGACUUUAAAAUGUAAAAUAAAGAUGUAUGCUGCCCGUCAGCUAUUCUCAUUAGAAAAGUUAACUUAUUUUACACCAUAAUUAUUCUAGAAACUGUAUAGACUAAACCCAAUAUUUUCUUGUACAUUCGUGCCAUGCACUGUUAUACAAGAAUAGGUGUACAAAGCUAGAGGAAAAACUUUGGUCAUUGAUGGGAGAAUAUAUGGUCUGCAGGCUCUGAAGUCUGCAAAGAGAUGCAAAUGCAUUUUUAUGUUUAUUCAGGACUCACAUGUGUCGUGCUAAAGGAACCUGGGGCUAGAGGGGAGAUGAAAGGCAGCCUGAAGACUACCAAAACACGCAAUAUACUUACUAAGUCUGUAGCAUAACACGAACUGGAUUCUCUGUCCUUUUUUAAAUAGCAUUUUGUAAAAGAAAUGAAUGUAGUCCCACAACUCCUCUGAUUUGAAAGGAACACCUUGUAUUUUUUAUAUGCAUCUCUUAUCCACUGUGACUAUUCUUUUAAACUGGGCUCUGACUACUUCAGAGUUUGGAAUGUAGAAAUGAAAUGCUUAGCUUUGCCUUUUCUUGGGGGUGUGGACCCUGCCAGAAAUGUAAUUAUGCUCAAGUGCAUUAAUUGAAGGCACUGUGCACGCCGUUGGACUGCUGACUCUAGUUGUUUCCUGUAAAAUUCCAUAACUGGUCACGGCACAUUCAUAAUCACUGUAUUUUUUGACCCUGAUAAAAACAAUUAUUUUAAUGGUGUUCUGGUACUGUAAAUGGUGUCCUUUAAAUUAUUUAAUAACUUCGGGUGUUGGGGCAGGCAGAGAGGGGGGUGUCCAGAGACACAUCACACUUUAUAUCCUAUCUUAACUCUCCCCUAUUUUUCUCGCCCUCCUUACAUUCUUUUUGUUAAAAAUAAAAAACAUUGUAGCUGUU